AUGCUUCCUCCCUCCGAUUCCUUGCUCCAUCAACUACAGAAGCUUGCAGAAGCAAGAGCAACCGCUCAAUAUCAAACGAGAGCGUCGCCCCCACCGCCAUAUUCAAGGAGAAAUGCACCGGAUCUUGCAAUCACCGAGAACGAUUUGAUUGACAGCGACGAGCUAAAAGAUGCUGAUGACGGCGAUGAAUGCAUGUCCUGGGGGUCUGGUCCUAGCAAUGGCAGCCGUCACCACGCCGCCCCCGUCAGCAUCCACAUCGACGCAUCGAUCAACGUGCGAGGGAACGGUAACACCUUAAUCAUACCGUCUGUGGCAGGCCCACAGCAGGGCAACGGCCCUACGACACCUUCCUCGCUGCCGAGUUCUACGAUGCAGCAGCAGCAAUCAGCACAGCGACAUCGUCAGACCAAGCUAACAGACAUGGCGACGUCGAUUAUUACUGCACUUGGCAGGGCCAGCCUGCUUCCAUCGACUGAAGACGGAUCUUCACCCGUGGAAAUCAAUAUAAACUCAGGAAUAAAGAUCGAAGGAAGCCGAAAUGUCAUCUGCACAGGUAACAGCCUCCCCUCAGGUCGUUUCCCCGCGAAACGACAAUAUGUCCAGAUUGGCGGAGUGGGGAGCUUAUUUGAGAGGGACAGAAAGAGACGCGCUGACUCGGUACGUCCUUCCUCACUAGUAGAAUACCUUGAUUAUGAAGCGUUCUAUCCAUUAGAGGCACAGGGUGUUACUAACGCUUUACAUACAGGAGCCACCAGAGAUGCCCCACUCAAAAAGAUUUUGAUAUUCUAUCUAUGA